CCUCCCUCCCUCACCGAGCAGAUUCCGGGGGCUUAAAGGAGAUUUCAUUCUCCUCUUGAUCUGGUCUAGUGGGCCUGUUUUCAGGCAACCAGAUUAAAACUUAACACAAUUGCCCCCCCCCCCCCCCAAUCUCUACCGUGCUGCAGGAACAGAACAAGAACCCCCUCGUGAGUGCUUUCUUUUAAAUUGAUAGAUAGGAUCGAGCAUGAGUAUCGAAACAUUGCUGGAAGCUGCAAGGUUUUUGGAAUUACAGGCGCAACAACAGAAAACACGUGAAGAGUAUGAGAGACGGGAUGAGCUGCCGUUUGAGAGAGGGGUGGAGCGCAGGAAAGCUGACGUGGAGAGGGUCAACAAUGUGCUGCGGGGCGAGGGGGUUAAGCCUGAGAUGCAGGCCGCCCCGGCCUUGCUGGUGCAGAAAGCCUUGCCUCCCCCCGCUACAGUCGCCGCCACCACCACGGUGGUGGUGUCUCACGUGGUCAUCCCCGCGCCGACCCUCUCCCCGCUCCCCCACCAGCCGGCGGCGGCGGCACACAGCCCCGGCAACACCGGCUCCCCGCCCCUGCUCCACCCCUCCCCCGCCGCGCCCGCCUUCACUGACCCCCAUCCCGGUCCCACCCCGGUGGGCAACCCGCCCCCCCAGCACCUCCAGAGCUCGGUGCUGACUAUCCCACCCCACCACUUCAUCCAGCAGUCGCCCCUCCCCCAGCAGCCCGGCUCUCUCAAGCCCUGCCCCCUGGACGAUGGGAAGCCCCAAGAUCAAAGGCGGAGGCCCGGAGGGGCAGGGACGCGGGAGGUGCAUAAUAAACUGGAGAAGAAUAGGAGGGCUCACUUAAAGGAAUGUUUUGAGACAUUGAAAAAGAACAUUCCCAAUCUGGAUGAGAAGAAAACUUCAAACCUCAGUGUUUUACGGAGUGCCUUGCGAUACAUCCAGACUUUGAAAAGGAAAGAGAAGGAAUAUGAGCACGAGAUGGAGCGCCUUGCGAGGGAGAAAAUUGCCUCUCAGCAUCAGUUAGCGGAGCUGAAGAAGGAGCUGAGCCAGCGGAUGGAUGUUAUUGAAGUGGAUCGCAUUCUCCGUCAGGCAGUGCAACUGGAGGACGAUCAAUGCUCUACCUCAACUGCCUCCGAGGGCGAAGAUAACGUUACUGAUGAUAUUGAGGACACGAGACCCAUGAACGCACUGGCCAGAACAUCGCACCAGGAGCUGCUGAACGCCGGUUCUUCUUCUUCCGCCACCGUGGUCGCUGGCCCAUCGCCGCUGCUGACUCAGCACUUGUCCCUGCAGCAGAAGCAGGGCCCCAGCCCGGCGGCGCAGGUUCAGAUCCAGCCGCAGGCCUUGUUGCCGGCGCAGACUCACCUGGUGGCGGCCACGGCCCUGCAGCCCACGGUGAUCGCCCACGCGGCCGGGGCAUCUCACGCCUCCGUCAUCCAGGCAGCGGUGAACCACCACCACCACCACCACCUCCACCAACACCAACACCACCACCAGGGGAAGCACGUGGCCCACAUCGCCCCGGCAACUGUGCAGCUCGCCGCCGCCACCACCACCACCGGCCACAUCACCGUGCACCGCGCAUCCCUGGCGCACCUGCCCCACCUGGGGCAGCACCUGUGCCCGCAGCCGCUGGGGGUGAACCAGCCCGCCGUGGGUCACCUCGCGCACGCCACCGUCACCCACCAGCAGGUCAACGGCGCCCCUCCCGCCGGCACGGCCCCCGUGGCAACGAAACAGGUGGCCGGGGCCCAGGUGGUGCACCAGCAGCUGGUCGGGCAGCCUCUCCUGAACCCUGUCACCAUGGUGACCAUGCCCUCUUUCCCCAUCAGCACUUUGAAGCUGGCCUGAACCUGAACUUUGACCCCAGGAGCAGCUGCCCCCUCCCCCCUCACCCCUCGACUUCCAUUCUUACUCCUACACAUUCCGAACGGCAGGUCACGAGCACGAGAUGUAUCGGUGACUCGGGAGGGGGGGAAGGGAGGGGUGGAGUGCGGAUUCCGAUGGGAGAAGGCUGGCACAGUCGGAAUAUCACACGGCUCCAAGCUGGCAGAAGGAAUUGAAUCCACGAGAGAACUGCAGAGGCCGGCUUUGCAGAGAAAAAGACGCACAAAGUGCUGGAGUAACUCUGGGGCAGGCCGCAGCAUCUCUGGAGGGCGCGGGUGGAUAGGUGACCUUUCCGGUUGGGACCCUUCCUCAUAGGCAAUAUGGACAGGCAAAAUUCCUCGGAUCCGAAACGUCUUCUAUUCUCUGGAGAUGCUGCCUGAGAGCUACCCCUGUACCUUGUGUGUCUUUUAACGGGAAUCGGACGCACCCUGCACAGUUGUAGCUGCUGAGCAGAGCAGUCUGAGCUGUACUGAGCAACCUUUGUGUGUGCGUGUGUGUGCAUGUGUGUGUGUGUGUGCACUUUGUUGUUGGUGAAUUUACAAAAAUACAUUUUUUCCUUCGCUUCCCUGACCAGAAAUAUAAUCUGAAUGGGUACCUUUGCGAUUGGUAAUGGAGAGAGAGAGAGGGAGAGGGUGAUAGAUAGAUAUAUAGAUGGAUAGAGAGAGAUAGAGGGAAAGAGAGAGAGAGAGAGAUAGAUAGUGAGUGAGAGGGAGAGAAAAAAGAGAGUGAGUGAAAGAGAAGGAAAUAGUUGUAUGAAAAUGAAAAUGGCCUCGGUAGAGUUGAGUUUUACAACCGGUAGGUUCAAUAUACAUGGUAAUUCAUGGCCACAACAUGUUGAGUGCAUGCAUGCACGUGUGUAUGUGCGUGUGCGUGUGCGUGUGAUGGAAUGUGUGGGCUGGUGGGCAGGGCCGCAGACCUAACAUGUACUGCAAGAGGUCAGAAGCCAAACCAGGCCCCAUGCCCCCAGCUUUCUGAAUAUAUUUCUCAAGUUAUCUUGUGAGGACCAAUUUUUUUUUUUUUUAAGAUGAAUUGUUGUGGUCUUUGCAUAAAAUGCACCUUGUGGACAAAAUUGGCUGCAACCACAGCAACAAACAAAGGCGGCCGCAGGCUGCCCCAAGUUGUGGGCGCGAUGACAAGAUGGCGGCCGGGGAGGGGAGAGGAUGCUGAUCAUGUGACCCAGUCCCAUUGUGUCGUCUCUGUGGGUCCCAGCGGUUUACUGAGCUUAAAGUGAGUUUAUGUCAAUGAACUGUUUUAAGGCUGGCAUCAUUACUGUGUGUGCUACAAAUGAAAUGUCUUUCAUAUGGGGACCUUUUUUCUUUUAAUUUAAAAGUCUUUUGCAAUAAAAUUUUCUGCUUUCUUUGA